AUGGAUGAAGACUCCCCCUUCCUCGCCAUUUCUAGUCGCAAUGGAGCCUCAACCCCAACCAACAACACCAACUCUAACCUCGACUUGAGCUCAUUCAACAACCAGCACAACAAUGGUGCCCUCCUCGGAGAUGCCCAGCUAAGAGACCGACUCCAUUACAGACGCAGCUCAUUCACCCCUAUCUUCGACCGCGAUGACUCUGGAAUCUAUGAAGGAACAGCAGAAAAGUACAUUAACGACCCCAUUCACGGUCACGUCUUGCUGGAUGCCGACACACUUAGCUGCAUCGAUACACCCCAGUUCCAAAGACUCCGCGAUCUCACACAGCUGGGCUCUGCAUAUUACGUUUUCCCUGGAGCAACCCACAAACGCUUUGAGCACUCCAUAGGUACUUGCCAUCUUGCGGGAGAGUUAGUCGAGAGGUUCAGGGAUACACAACCAGAGCUGGAAAUCAGUGCGAGUGACGUCAAGUGUGUCAAGCUGGCGGGAUUAUGCCAUGACCUAGGUCAUGGUCCGUUCAGUCACGUCUUCGACAACGAAUUCAUUCCCCGCGCUAUACCCGGAUCGAACUGGACACAUGAACAGGGCUCCGAGAUGAUGCUAGAGUACCUGGUGGACGACAAUAAUGUCGAUCUCGACCGAGAGGAGAUCAACUUUAUCAAAGACCUUAUCAUGGGCGAGCGUCGAGGCAACAGCCAGCGUCAUGGAUUCUUGUUCGACAUUGUUUCCAACAAGCGCAACUCCCUGGACGUGGACAAGUACGAUUAUCUGCAGAGGGAUUGCUACAACGUCGGGAUCAAGUCUUCGAUCGACUGUUCACGGCUCAUGAAGAUGUCGAGGGUGAUUGACGACCAGAUCUGCUGGCACCACAAGGAGGUCUAUAAUCUGUACGAGCUGUACCACACCCGGUUCAGUCUGUUCAAGCGAGUCUACACACACAGGGUCGGCAAGGCGAUCGAGUACAUGUUGACGGACGUACUUUUGGCAGCAGACAGCGUCAUGGGUAUCUCUCAGGCGAUUUUCCAUGGAGACCAGUAUCUCCACUUGACCGAUGACAUCAUUCGUCAGAUCGAGCGGUCGAGCGAACCUGGCUUGGAGGAUUCGAAGGCGAUCUUGAAGCGGAUCCGGACGCGCAACCUGUACAAGUUUGUCGAUGAGCUUUUGAUUCCUCGCGAGAAGCUCGGCAUUUUGACAAAGGAGAACAUCAACUCUGCAGAGAUCGUUUCUUGCCAAGGAACGAACGACCACUUGCAGCAGGAUGACGUAAUCGUUGAGUUCCUGAAGAACAACUAUGCAAUGAAGGACCAGAACCCCGUCGACGGCAUCAAGUUCUUCUCCAAGACCAACCACUCUGCGUCGUAUCACAUUCCCAAGGAAAAGGUGUCAAGUUUGAUUCCAAGCGAGUUCCAGGAGAACAUCAUCCGUGUAUUUUCAAGAGAUCCGACAAAGGUCCGGGCAGUCCACAAGGCGUUCCGUCGGUUGAUGUCGAGAUUCUAUAGGACAAGUGACGGAUCGAGUAACUUACCACCUUCGUCGACGUCUCCCUAUUAUAAUUCUCUGAAUACAACACCUGAGAGGGCCAAUGCGUAUGCGGCGUCGUGGAUGCAGCAACAGAGCAGGCAGUCGUCGCCGACUCGGCAUGUUGGGGGUAGCUCGGGCGGUAGUGGAAAGCGGCGCGACCGGAGCCCGAGUCCCUUGUCUAGUCGACGUGUUCGGUCGAGCGGUGGGCUGAAGUCUUUGGGUGAUGGCGUGAUGGAUAUCUCUGACAAUGAGUGA